AUGAUUAUAUUUAAAGGAACUGAUAGUAGUGUUAGAGGUGAGAAAUCAAAGUUGAAACCAUCAAUAGAAAUAUCAAAAUGUUCUUUGGGUAUCGAUCCAACCAAUCUUCACUUGUUACCUUUUUCUAUUGGUCAUAAUGGUCAUGCAAAAGUAUCUAGUUUCUUUCAUAUUAAAAAUGAAGAUGGUAUGAAUUCAAAAUUAUACAAUCAACAAUCGGUUUUUGAAAGUAAAACAUUAUAUAUAUUUACAUUAAAAUCAAAAACAAAAACAAAAGGUGUUUUAAGUUCAACUUUUAGAGGUAUAAGAUUAUAUGGUACAUCAUUAAAGUUACCGUCAUGUUAUAAUGGUUUUGUUUAUAGAGCUGAUAAUAAUAGUAACAACAGUAACAGUAGUAUAAAAGAUGAUACAGUCGCUAAUAAAUGGGAGUUGCUUUCAAAGUUUGAUUCAUUCAAUUAUUGGAAUAGAGAGAAGAAACCUACAAUCCACGAUCCUGUACAGCAAGCAAUGAAGUGGAUGGAUAUUUCACAACAUAUUUAUAAACCUGUAACAAAAGAAAUGAUGGAGCAAGAAAAGAAUAGAAUGGAAGAAGAAGACAGCCUAUUGGAUAGUAAGAACAAGACCACGCUAACCGAAGAAGCGGAUACAUCAAAAACAACAGAAAAGGAGAUUGAUGAAAAAGUUACAGAUAAAGUUGAAGAAAAGACAGAGGAUCAAGAUGACAAUAACGAUAGACCAAAAAAGAGAGUCAGAAAUUUGUUUUCAAGACAUGUUCAAGUUGAAACAUACUUUUUAGAGUAG